CGCGGGUUAUAAACCCGUAUUAAAAAACAAAAAAGAGAAUGAAGUCCGGCGUUGUUUAGUAAGAUAACACAGACGAGCUUCGUAUCGUGCGCCGCGUCUAAGUUGCAAACACGUACCGGCACCUUCACCUUCCAGUCUUCCACCUCACUGCUUCUUCUCUCCGUCUUGAUUCUUCGCUCGCAUCGAUCUAAUCUCCAAUUUCUCUGUUCCAUAAAUAUACACACAUCCAUCCAUACAUAUAUUCGAUUUCAAAUUAUACACACAUCCAUCCAUACAUAUAUUCGAUUUCAAAGAUGCAGCGAAGAAGAAGCCCUCCCAAACACAGGCACGACGGCGCUUCACCUUUACCUAUGGGCAUGGAUUGGAGUCCCAGUCCUCGCAAUUUCACUGGUCGUGACACUGUUUGGCCACAUGAUCCUCGAUCAGGAUGGAGUUUCUGUGUGACAGUGCCUUCAUGGGCUGUUCUUCCAAAAUCAAGAGAAUCGGAUCCCAUAGUGUUCUACAGGGUUCAAGUUGGUAUACAAUCACCAGAUGGAGUUACAUUUAUGCGGGGAGUAUUAAGAAGAUUUAAUGAUUUCAUGAAGUUAUUUUCUGCACUUAAAAAGGCAUUUCCCAGGAAGACCCUUCCUCCACCUCCACCAAAGGGGCUAUUACGGAUGAGAAGUAAAGCACUGUUGGAAGAGCGACGCAUCUCCUUGGAGAUGUGGAUGGAAAAGUUGCUAUCGGACAUCGAAAUAUCACGGAGUGUAGUUGUGGCAUCCUUCCUCGAACUAGAAGCUGCAGCUAGGUCUUCAUUUCAAGAUGAGAAAAACAGCAGUGCAGAUUUAAAUUCUUCUGUGCACAAUUCAAGGUCGUCACUUCAACCUCAUUCUAGCUCGAUUCCAACCGUUGCUAGUUCAUCUCUUACCUCUGAUUAUGGUAGUGAUACUGCCUACGAGGCAUCUGAAAUUGGCACAUCAAGCCUAGGGAGAGAUAAUAGUUCUGAACUUGGUAUAGACGAGCUGUCUUUGGAUGAAGAUUUGACCGACCCAAUAGAAAGGCUCGUGAAGUAUGGUAUGUCUAACAUAGAUGAUGGGUUGUUUAUGGGACAAGCUAUCUUAGAUCAGCUGGAAGGUCUUCCUAGGAAAAAAGCAAAUUCUGUAAAGAUAAACACAGUUCCAAAUGCUAAUAUGAGCAAUGGAAAUGCUUCUAAAGGUGCUCAUGUUGGAGGGGAUACCAAGGAACUAAUAGCUCAUCCAGAGCAUGAAAAGGCAUUUUACCAUGUCCGGAAUUUAUCAAGUGAAAGUAUUGGAAGUGAUGUGAGCUCCUUAAAAGGAAGCACAUCAUCAAACUCAGGGGCUAUUAAUGUAAACCUCCCUAAAGGUUCUGAAGCCUCACAAAGCAUGGAAGUGGACUCAGAAUUACAGUUUCCAAGUGACGUCAAAUUAAUGCUUCCAUUGGAUCAUCGGCAGGUUAUGAACAGGGCCCUCGUUACUAUGCAAAGGAGACUAGUAACUGCAAAAACAGACUUGGAGGAUCUGAUAUCAAGGCUAAACCAGGAAGUGGCGGUGAAAGAUUAUUUAACAACUAAGGUCAAGGAUUUGGAGGUGGAACUUGAAACUACUAAACUAAGAAGUAAAGAGAAUCUCCAACAAGCUAUUUUAGCUGAAAAGGAACGACUCACCCAAAUGCAGUGGGAUAUGGAGGAACUUAGGCAGAAGUCAUUUGAAAUGGAACUGAAAUUAAAAUCCUCAGAGGGUGACAAGUCAGGUACUGGGUCAUCCAAGGAUAAUACCACUCGAGGGGAAAAUAUGUUGCCAGAGUUGGAAGCUAAUAAACAGAAACUUGUUGAAUUACAAAAACAACAUCGAGAGCUAGAAGAAAAGUCAAAAGCAGAUAUUAAAGUUCUUGUCAAAGAGGUUAAAUCUCUGCGAAGAUCUCAAGCAGAGUACAAGCAGAAGCUCAGUCAGUCUAUUAAUGAAAAAGCUGAGGCUGAGAAACUCCUUCAGCAAGAAAAACAGAACAAUGAGCACUCAAAUUCUGUGAUGCGGAAGUUACUUGAUCAAUGUGAAUUACUCCGCAAUAGGCUUCAGGAGUGUAACUUCAACUUGGUGGAUGAAGAUAAGUUAAUCAUGGAUUCUAAAUCGUCAGCAGCUGCCUGUGAUCUCCAGGCAUAUGACAAUCGCAUCAGUCACCUACUUUCUGAGGUUCAGCUUCUAGCUGAAGAAGAUGAUGAUGCUACAUCGACGACUGGAAACAAUAAGUUUUCAGAUGAUGGCGCUAAGACGAUUGAUCAGGAACUGAGGCAGCUGCUCACAAAGAUUUUUAUUGACAACACUAAUUUAAGAAAAGAGGUGAACUCAGUCAUGCGUUAUGUGCUGAAACAAAAUAUGUCCGAUAAAGAUAAUAAUGAACAGCUCUUAGAACAUAUUGUACAAAACAUGUCUAUAGAUAGAUGAAUAUAGAAACCUGAGUAUUUGUAUAUUUAGUCAUGUACCGUGUAGCCCCCUGUAGUUUGUUUAUGAUUAUGGGUUCAUUCCGUUACUAACUAGUGACGCCAUUGGCCACGGGAUUUUAUAUGGCUAAUGUGUGUAUACUUCAAAUCUGUAGAUUUUUUGUAGACAUUUUCACCUUUUGUGAUAUAAAUAAUGUUAACAAUGAACCAAAAA